AUGUCAGAUAUGCAAGGGUCACCACCUCGACAACACCCCCCAGCAGACCACAACGCAAUUCCUGACUUCAACGAUGCUGAUGAUUGUCGCAAUGAGCCCGAACAUAUUCACAAUGAGCCCCUCGAACACCAUCCCCACAGCCAACUCCCAUCUACUAUACACCGCUUUGCUGAAUUCUCCCGCAGCCGCCCAACAGAAGAGCACACACCUCGUAACAACUCCCCAUGGGAGCCUUUCCGCAUGCGGCUCGAUUUUGAAGUAGCGGAGAUUGCACUCGAAGCCGUGAUGACGAAGGAUCAAACAAAUCGCCUUCUCGAUCUUUUUCAUCGGUCUGCUACAGGCAAUGAUUCAUUCACCCUGCACAAUCAUGACGAAGUUUGCUCUCUCUGGGACUUUGCUUCGCAACGUUAUACCAGACAUGAUACACUAUCUGUUCCCUUCGAAAAGGAGGUGUACGAAUUCGAUAUGCACUACCGCCCACUCUUCGACUGGGCGCUUGACUUAUUGCGAGACGAACGUCUCGCGCCUCAUUUUCCGUGGACCGCAGAUGCAUUUUGGAAUGCACAAUCACAGCUUCCCCCUGAUGCCAAACCAUUGGCGUUUAUUCUCUACGCAGACAAGAGUAAACUGUUGUCAUUUGGGACCCAAAAAGGCUACCCAAUCAUUGCCCGCAUUGCCAACUUGCCAGUUCAUAUUCGUAAUGGAAAUACUGCGUUAGGAGGUGGUCGUGUUGUGGGGUGGCUGCUGAUUGUUGUCGAGGAUCAGAAGCACAUGAAAAAGAAGAAGUACGUGGACUUUAAAAAUGCUGUCUGGCAUACGUCUUUCUACCAGCUUCUGGCCUCGGUCGAGAAGCACUCGAAAACGGGCUAUUGGUUCGAGUGUGCGGGCGGAAUCCAAUGUUGUCUCUGGCCAUUGAUUUUAAUUUUGAGUGCUGAUUACGAGGAACAAUGUAUCAUGGCGUUGAUCCGGGGACUUAAGGGUAAGUUCCCAUGUCCAGUUUGUUUAGUUCCACAGGACGAGCAGUCCAUUCUCCAUACCCACGAGUUGCACACAUGCCACCAAUCCAAAGAUGUCCUUCGUCUCGCAAGAUCCAUGCCCUCCGAGAAGGAAAAGGAGGAUCAUCUGAAGGCUUUCUCACUCCGAGAUGUUGAUAACGUCUUCUCGAAAAUUCUUUAUACUGAUGUUCAUCGUGCGCUAUCGGUGGACCGCUUGCAUACAAACAAGGAAGGAUUAUGGGGUGACCACCUGUGGAAGGAAGUUAAGUAUUGGAUUUCGGACCUUGGGCAGGAAGCAUCGGUCAAACUCGAUGAAAACUUCGAUGCCCUUCCACGAUGGCCUAAUAUGACACAUUUUUUGUCUGUCAUCGCAGUGGAUUUCACUGAUGGUACAGUUCUUGGGCAUCUGUCAAAGAUGAUUAUAUUCGCGGCACAGGAUAUCCUCACUUCAUCCCACUGUAAACUGGGACACUUACUUCUUUGCUGUGUUUGCUACUACGUUGAGCUCGAUAUAUAUACUUCAUUGGAAGUCCAUACAGAAGACACAAUUGCAGCUGGAAAGUUGGCGCUGCAAAAGUUCUCAGAAAUAAUGGGUGAAUACAUUACCCAAUCGCAACCCGAAACCUUCAAAAAUUGGAACUUUCCCAAGAAGCACUUGAUCUCACACGUAUUCGACGAUAUUUUGGCCAAAGGCGUGACACGCAACUACAAUACAAAGCCAAAUGAAAAGAUGCAUGGUGCUUUGCGAAAAAUCUACCUUCAGCGCACUAAUUUUAAGAAUGUUGCUUCUCAGAUCAAUGCAGAACUCGAUGAAACCGUGACUAUUACUGAUGCGCAUUCAAGUUUAGGAUCGAAGCAAGGCAAUCACUGUUUUUCAGAUAUCACGCGUAUGUACAGAACUGAUAGAGCCUUCACCGAUUUUCGGAUGAAGCUGAACAGCUUCCUGAACGUCUUCCUACCACAGAACCAUAUUCCGUUACCAGACGAAAGACGCAUUCACCUGUGCGCAGAGGACAUGAUAACGGAAUUUCGGUUCUUGCGGGUUAACUACGAAUCGAUAGUUGACUGGCGCGUGCACAGAGACUUACUUCAGUGUAAUCCGAAGUUCUAUGGAUCACCUAGGUAUGACUGCGUCAUGGUUAAAACUGUGGACAAGCCGUUUUUCGCUCGCCUCGUAUACAUGUUCACCUGCUCGAUUGGUGGCACCGAUUUCCCCCUUGCCCUUAUUCAUCCUUAUGAUGUCAAUAUUGCCGGUACUCGUCGAAGGCGAGAUGACGACAUUGGACUAUGGCGUAUAAUUUCUGUCCAGUCAAUCAUUCGGGGAGCUGCUCUCGCCAAUGAUCCUGAAACGGCUGGGGAUUAUUUUGUCAUCCACACUGUGGACACUGACAUAUUCCUUAGAGUUAAGGCUCUUCAGGCGCAAUCAGUCUGA